CCGAGACGGCCGCGCAUCAGAGAUCGCCUUCAUUUGCGACCAUGGAAACCGGCAGCUGCCGCAGUCGCGCUCGUGCGGCGUUGUGAAAAAACUCCGGGCGAAGGGAUCGCGCACUCCGUGUCGCCCAGCGUUUUCUUAUCGCGCGCGCGCGCGCGCACACACACACACACACACAUAGACAGAUUCACCGGCACACACACCAUGGCCCCGGGGCUCCGAUCGCCCUGAGGGAAUGGCAGCGCCGCCGAUACCGCAGCCAUGGCCAGAUCAGCACACGUCGGCGCCGGGGACGAGGACUCCAGGGUGUCGGCACCGCAGGAGCGGCCCGAGGUUCGAGAGCUGGCCGACGCGCGGGAACUGUCUCUGGAGGAGGUGCUGAAGUCCUACGAGCAGCCCAUCAACGAAGAGCAGGCGUGGGCCGUGUGUUACCAGUGCUGCAGCGGGCUCCGCGAACCUCCGGCGUGGGCCAGCGUGAGGGGGGCGAGCCGAGUCCGGGACCCGUCCUCCAUCCUGCUGCACAGGGACGGAACCGUGUCCCUGCAGCUCGAACCCUGCUGCGACAGCCGCGAUGGCAGCAAACCCCCCCUCAAGACUACGCCACAGCGCCAGCUGGUCCAGUCCUUGGGUGUGGCUAUUUACCGUGCUCUCGACUGGGGACUGGAUGACAGCGAGGAGCGGGAGCUGAGCCCACAGCUGGAGCGUCUCAUUGAGCGCAUGAUCGGAGGGGAUGAUGACGGCAACUCAGGGGCUGGUGGUGGGGCCGGUGGCAUGGCCGAUGAGGGUUAUAGUGGUCAGGAGGAGGAGGACUGGGAGGAAGAGGAAGAGGAUGGGACGCUGCGCCCGGUGUGCUUUUUUCGCCAUGUGAUGGCACUGUGCGCUUCACGCCUGGCGAGCCCCAGCCUGGCCCCGGAGCACUACCCAGCGGUGUGUCGCGCCCUCUUCUUGGAGACGCUGGAGCUGCAAACCUUCCUCGUCAGGAUUCGAGAUGCCAAAGAGAUGCUGAAGAAAAUUCGAACCGAGGAACCAGAGGAGGAUCGCUCCGGGGCAGAGCUCGAUGCACUCAAACACAGGGACUGGGCACGCCUUUGGGUGCAGCUCAUGAAGGAGCUCCGGCAGGGGGUGAAACUGAAGAAGGUUCAGGAGCAACAGUUCGACCCACUACCCACUGAGUUUCGCCUCACUCCAUUUGAGAUGCUGAUGCAGGACAUCCGGGCCCGCAAGUACCAGCUGCGCAAGGUCAUGGUUGAUGGUGACAUCCCCACACGAGUGAAAAGGGACGCACAUGAACUCAUUCUUGACUUUAUCAGGUCUCGACCUCCGCUGAAGCCUGUGUCAGAGCGAAGUUUGCCACCUCCUCCACAAGAGCAGCAGUCCCUUCAUGAAAAGAUACUAGCUGAGAUCAAGCAGGAGCGCAAACUGAAGCCAGUGGACACCCCCGCUCCUAGGAGGCCGUUCGGCUCUUUGCCUUGCCUGCUCCACGCCUGUCCUCAUGAUGUGAAAUCCACCUCCUGCAUCGAUCUCUCGGUAACCGAUGCUGGGACCCGCCCCCUCCCUCGCCCACGUGUGCUGCUCAAAGCCCCCACCCUGGCAGAGAUGGAGGAGAUGAAUAUUUUUGAGGAUGAGGAGUCUCCAGGCAGCGGGGAGCUCCGCAGGACCGAAAGUUCGCCCACGCCUCUAAAGCGGGACCGCUCCUUCUCCGAACACGACCUGGCCUGUCUCCGGGAUGGCGGGAUGCUUCCCUCGCUCUCCGACUCCACCCAGCUGGGGGGGACAGUGGUCCUGAGGGCGGAGCGACCGAGGGCACGCACCCUGGGAGGAGCGGGUGCGCCCCCAGUGCACCGAGCCUCGUUCCCAGUGCAAGGAUGGCGACCUCCCUCCCCGGGGCCUUUCUCCCCGGCCCGAAGUUCACUUAGCUCUGUAGAUGAGAGGAUGGAGGGGGCGGAGAGUACAUCACCAACGCAAGAAGACCACAAGCCUCAGUGGAUGGAGGAGUUCAGUCACCCUGUGGAAAGCCUGGCUCUGACAGUGGAUGAAGUCAUCAACGUGCGUAGGGUACUGGUAAAGGCCGAAAUGGAGAAGUUCCUACCGAAUAAAGAUCUCUACAGUAACCUUCGGAAGGGCAAGGUUUGCUGCUGCUGUAAAGUUAAAUUUCCUCUCUUCUCUUGGCCAUCCACGUGUCUUCUGUGUAAAAGGUCUGUCUGUGGAUCCUGCAGUGCCAAGAUGAAGAUUCCCUCCAAGAAGAUGGCACACAUUCCAGUGUACACGGUGGGGUUCGAGAGCAGUCUCAGCGGUCACUCAAGAAAAAGUGAAGUCUUCAAGUCGCUGCGGAGCCUCUCACGUCACUCUGUGGAGGAGGAGUUUCCCCACCUCUACGCCCAUGGCUGCAGCCUACGUGAUGUCUGCUCCGAAUGCACCAAGUUCGUGGCAGACGUCAUCUCCUCCAGUCGCCGUAGCCUGGACAUACACAACAACACGCCCAAAAAGGAGAGGGCCAUGCCUACGCCACGUCCAUACACUUACCCGCACGUCACAGGAAGAAAUUGCAAGUAAGGGGGAAAUCUUGAGACAAUAACCCAUACCUAUGGUUUGCCCCCCACCCGAUCACAACAACACCCCACAUCCUUCCCAGCAGGACUGCUUGGGUGAUCCUGCUUCUACCCCUAUCCCAGAAGAGCAAGGGAGGAGGGUAUGACCCAAGGAAACCCCAGGGUGCAUUUAAAACAUGCAAUGUUAUGAACAUGCUACUGCUGAACAGACCGUUUGCUUAAAAUGAACUGCGGCAUUCAGCAUUUUUUGCACUACAGGCAAAUCAGUGGGUGUGUCUAGAUGCAGAAGGGAAUUGGUACCCGUAGGGUGGCCAUUUGCGUGAUGAGGGUCUCUGCUACUUAUUUUAGCCUGCCAGAUUACAGGAUGUCAGGAUAAAAAAAACGUAUGCUUCAGUGACAUGGCCUCUGGAUUUGUCUGUAAUUUGCACUCGGUUCAUUAUCUGUGAAAUGUAAAUGGUCAAUAAAUGUAUAUAAGAUGUGAUAUGAGAUAUCACUGCUGCAUUGCAGUUUAACACAAAGAACAUAAUCGUAUACCCUGUAGAGAAACAUGUAUUUUCAUUAGAGUGCAGCCCUCUUUGCCAUAUGGUUAAAAGGAUUCUAUUUGCAUUAUGUAAGUAUUUAAAAAGAAGUUUCGAAUGCUGAACACACCCUAGGGGUUCAUCGCUGCUGACUGCAGACCUAAGACCGACAGAAGGACAAGAGAGGAAGGGGAGGAAAAAGUUUUCUCCCUACGUUUGUCAUGCUUUUGUCAUGAAUGUAGCUUUCUUCAAGAACCAAAAACCUAAAAUCUGUAAAACGCCUCUCCUGCAGAGACUUCCCGUUGUUCCACAGCAAAAGCACAAGCUGCUGUCACGGCAUAAUGCACUGCUACUAUGGAAACCACAAGGGAGUUUCACAAACAGGAAGUGAGUGCUGGGAGUGGGGAGGAUGCCAGGAUGGGUUUCAGAAACAAGCGCUUCUGCUGCACAGAAGCUGUCACUACACCUCCUCUGACCUCCUGCACACUCCUCCCACACAUCCUGUCAUAUCAUCACUGCAGCUGUGGACAGAGACCGGAGGCCGCUGGGCAGCCAAGGCCGCAUGCAGGGAAGCUGCAACCGAGGAGAACCGUGCCUGGGGUCAUGGCAGUGACGGCAAUGGGAGCACCCCAGCGUGUUCCUCUGCCCUUCACGCUCUUGCCAUUGUUUCCACAAGGAUUUGCUUUACACGGCAGAUCUGCGGUGGACACAGUGAGCUGUAUGAAUGUUUCGCUCACGGCUGUGGCAUGUGGUGGUACUGCUUUCUUGAAUAUUUCUAUGGCCCAGGGAACUGACUUAUGCGUCGUCUAGUAUCCAACUCCGAGCAAGACGGAGCGCUCAGUGGUCCUAGAGUCAUCCAGGGUGCCUGCAUGGGGGGUCACCUGCUGUCUGCCAUCCCUUGUGGGGUCUCAUUUCACUGUUAACACUCAGUAAA